AUUCCUAUGCCUAAUAGGAAUCCCUAAUUGCUGCUGUGACACCCUAAUUUCUCCAUAUGGGGAUUAAUAAAGUAUUAUGCUAUCUUAUCUUAUCUUAUCUUAUCUAAUUAGAAGAAAGCAUUAUGGAGAAAUUUGCCAAAAUGAAUUCCCAAUUUAUUUAUUUAUUUUUCUUUUUACAUUUUCUCCUUAACGCCUUAGCAGACCUUACUGCAAAUUCUCACAAAACAGUAAGGUCUCGCCUGUUUGCUCCCUAUUGAAUGCCAGCUACCAAUCCAUUAGGGUGAAGGCUAUCAUGUACUUUCUCCAAGACACAUGAAGCCAGCCAACACUCAGAGAAAAGCAUUACCUUUGUCAUUCAUGAGCUCCCAGACACCCAUGAUUGGCCGUGAUUGAUAGGGGAACGAGACUAUGCCACCCCUCCCACCUAGAGAGCAUGGUUACUUUUGCGCUGUUGGCAUGGAUGGCUGUGGCAUCUCAAUAAGACAACACUUUUCAAGAAAUCAUUUUCCGACAAACUUCAUUCCAACAAAGACUAAAACUAAGUCUUCCCCUUGAUAGCGUCUUCAGAGUGAAAUAAAUAUUUUACUCUUACAAUAUCAAACAGCUAGAUUUUUCAACUGUAUUAAGAAUGCAAAUUUACUGGUUCUAGUUUUCUAAACCGUUUUUUGUUGGACCCUUUGUCGGAAAGAAAACCUUCUCUUCUAAGGUUAUACAUAAAAUAUUUAAGAAGUAUAAACCAGCACAUGCAAUAGUGUGCAUAAUUUUUUAUUAGAUAUUGCAUGUAUAUGAUCAAUGACCUGCAUACUCUGAGUACUGUUGGUUCAGAUGCCAGAUAUUCUGUUACAUUGUGCCUUUCGAGACAACCAUUCAGAGAGCUGUGAUAAAGGCUUAAAUGAAUUUAAGACCACAACUGCUCUAGGGAUUGUGCGUGAAGUGAUUAUAACUGUUCAAUAAAUUGUGAGGAACGCAGUUAUAGCUGUUCCAGGGAAUGUAAAACAGGUGAUCGUUAUUAUUAUAGUGACUUUUGGACACCCAUCACAGUUUCUAUGGGCACUGGAAUACAUGCAAUCAUAGACAUUCUUGAUCUCUAUAGAGAAUGUGACAGAGGCGCCUGUACCUCUUAGGCAAUCGAUCAUCAGUCCUUCACUUAAGGCCUACUGCUGUGCUGUGCAACAGUUCAGCUGAAGGAUAUGUAGUAAAUACUCUUACGAACUCUUACCCUUUAGAAUAUAGCCUACACACAGGCAGAUAGAUUUACUGCUUUGCAUCUGUGUUUUAUUUUUGCUGCUUGAGUGCAUGCGGCUUUGUGUGUUUCUGUGGGAAAUGUAGUUAAGUGUUGUGUAAGAUAGGCUUCCCAUCAUACCCUUCUCUUGGAGCACUACAUGAGAGUAUAGGUUUUGACUCAUUUUCUGGUUUGGGACUGGUUUGUAGUAAGGAAGGAAGUAUCACAUUACAAAUUGGGCGUUAUAGCCUCUGGCCAUGAGGCAACCUAUGUUUAGGAGAAGAAACAGAAUUAUACAUAGUUGAACUCGGAUUGAGCUAUGAUACAUAUUUAUAGAGGGAUAAUCUUCCAUGCAGUUAAUUCGACCUGAACAAUGUUAUUUGUGUACACAAUGUAUACAAAUGUGUAGAUGUUUUUCUGUGAUGUGUGCAUUUCCUGUGUCAUUUGGUAAUCAUAUUAAAAGUGAUUUGCUUUCCUUGCUCAACAUCCUGUGGGUUUAAUAGAGAAAAAUGGACCUCCCUUUGACCUCCCAUUCAGUGCACACUUCUCUGAAUGAGAUCUUACACAGGAAACCAGAUCAGUAGGAUUUAGCCAAGCAACAUGGAGCACAGCAUGCCAGUGGUUUAACCUUCCUUUUCGAUUGAUUUCUUCAGAUUUUUUCAGGCUGAUUACCCCAUACAUUCUCCAGUAUUCCAAAUCCAAAAUAUUUCAAAACCCAGGCUUUGUUGCAUGUUGUUGUGGAUGAAUAUAUCUUGAGGUUGUCAUUCAUCAUAUUCCAUUAUUCUUGGCAAGGUACACUUCACCAGAUCAGGGUAUAGGUUAGAAGGUGGCUUGGAAAGGGUAGAGCAUAUGGCUGGUAUUAAGAGAUAUCUUGGUUUGAUAGUGCCCUCAGUGAAUGUAAUUAAACCUCCAACUGGAAUAUUCAGUCAGAUUUGCACCAAAUGCUACUCUAGGCUCUGUCAUGGACAUUACAGUGAGGUUCUUCUUACGUCUUCGAUUCACGAUAGCUUGCAUAUUUUUCUUGGGUUAUUACGGUCUUAAGAUCAUAUGACCUAACCACAGGACCUCUUUUGUCAGUGUGUGGAUUGAGGUCUUCUGAUCACUGUGACUCAUAGAGUGACUCACUACUCACUUUGGACUGUUUUGAUUUUAUUGAGCAGUUUUAAAUGUGGGAUUACAGAUAAAGUGAUUACGGGAUUGCGGAUAUUUAUAUUUAGAUAGCACCCAUUUUGCUAAAGUGGACACAGGAAGAGGGAAAUGGGUUUACAGUGAAUUACACUGAUGAUUUGAUACUUUCGUUCUCAACGUAAACUUUUUUGGCAUUUGUAAUGAAUGUGCUGAACGACGCACCAUAUUUUCAUAUGAUUUGGAAACCCGGAGCAAAACUUGGUGCACAGACUUAGUCAUCAUAGAAAACUCUGUAAUCUUUUCCUUUGACACAUCUUGAAGGGUGUUUCCCGGUCAGCUGCUCAGUGCCUGACCCACACGGGGUAGAGAGGAGAACCGAACCAAACUCACAUGGGUGGCAACCAAAAACACACAUCCCAAGAAAGAGGGAGGAGAGAAAGAAGUAGGGGCAGAAGGGAGGGGUUGGACGGAGAGAUACCACACAAGUGAAAGAAGGAGGAGGUUGGAAAAGGCGGGAGGUAGAGAGCAAGAGAUUGAACGAGAACGAGCAAAGGAAGGAGUGAAAACAAGUGAAAGGGAGAAGGGGGAGUAAAAGAAAGAAGUAAAGAAGGCAAGUUGUGGUCUACUGUAGCUCUUGGCCAACCAUGUGGCAUCCUGUGAGAGGCACCGACCCAAAAUAGAGGCUUUUUUUUGCUCUGGGACGGCAAGGCUUGCUCUAGGAUAGGAAAAUGCAGAACGACAGAAAGCACUCUUUCCCAGCCAUGAACCCCAGCGGUUCUUUACGGAGGCGCCUCAACUCGAUACGCAGCGCCUGGCGCUGGAGCACGGGCUACCUGAUGAAGGGCUCGACUAAAUCUUCCAAGAGCAUGGAGUCACGCCGGAGACCGUCCAGCCGGAGUGUGAGUCUGAUCCAAGCAAUGGAGGAGAACUAUGAGGUGGACCUGGUGUACAUCACAGAGAGGAUCAUAUCUGUGUCUUUCCCAAGCAGCGUAGAGGAACAGAGCUACAGUGCCAACCUCAAAGAAGUGGCCAGCAUGCUCCGGUCCAAACACGGAGACAACUACUUGCUCUUCAAUUUGAGUGAAAAACGAUAUGAUAUCUCCAAACUGCAUCCCAAAGUGCUAGACUUUGGCUGGCCCGAUCAUCAUGCUCCUGCUUUGGAUAAGAUCUGCAGCAUAUGUAAAGCCAUGGACACAUGGAUGAGUGCUGACAGCCAUAAUGUUGUGGUUCUGCACAACAAGGGAAAUCGUGGGAGAACGGGGGUAGUUGUGGCUGCAUAUAUGCAUUAUAGUAACAUUUCAGCAAGUGCGGACCAGGCUCUGGACAGGUUUGCCAUGAAGAGGUUUUAUGAAGAUAAAGUACUUCCUGUGGGCCAGCCUUCCCAGAAAAGGUAUGUGCAGUAUUUCAGUGGGCUGCUCUCCGGCCACAUUAAGAUCAACAACAAGCCACUGUUCCUGCAUCACGUCAUCAUGCAUGGCAUCCCCAACUUUGAGUCUAAAGGAGGCUGCCGCCCUUUCCUCAAGAUCUACCAGGCAAUGCAGCCAGUCUACACAUCAGGGAUCUAUAACGUCCAAGGCGACAGUCAAACGAGCAUCUGCAUAACUAUUGAACCUGGUUUGCUGCUGAAAGGAGACAUUCUGCUCAAGUGUUAUCACAAGCGCUUCCGCAGCCCUUCCAGAGACGUCAUUUUCAGAGUGCAGUUUCAUACCUGUGCUGUCCAUGACCUAGGCCUUGUCUUUGGCAAGGAUGAGCUGGACGAGACAUUUAAAGAUGAUAGAUUUCCUGAAUAUGGAAAAGUAGAGUUUGUCUUCUCAUUUGGGCCAGAGAAAAUCCAAGGAAUGGGCCACCUGGAGAAUGGGCCCAGUGUUUCUGUUGACUACAACACCCAGGAUCCUCUGAUUCGCUGGGACUCCUAUGAAAACUUUAAUCAACGCUUUGAAGACUCAAUGGAAGACGUCAUUCAUAUGCAAGGUCCUCUGGAUGGUAGCCUCUACGCUAAAGUCCGUAAAAAAGAGUCUGUGGAUGCUACAGCUAACGGCCUUCCCACAGCAGCUGAGCCCACUGUCGAACACACUCCUGCCCCAGUGGACCACGCUCUGUCUGUUAGCAGUGACUCUGGAAACUCCACUGCCUCCAUUAAGACUGAUCGCACUGAUGAAACUGCCCAGCAGGCAGUGUCGGUGAUCCAGCAGCCCAGUCAGCCCCUCAGUCCUGAGGAGAGGCAAGAGCUGGAGCAACUCCUCAGUGGCCUGGAGGCGCCCAUGCACCAGCCAGGUUACCAAAAUAGUCAUGGGGGAGGAGGUGGAGGAGGAGGUGGUAUCCUUCAUCUGGUUCCAGCUCAGGUCCACGUUAAUGGACACAACAGCAUAGAUAGGGAGACAGACAUCCUGGAUGAUGACCUGCCCAACAGCCAAGAAGGCAACAGUGUGGACAGCUUGGGUACUCUGUCCUCCCUAGAGGGUCGAGCCACUCCAGCUGACCUGUACUACCAACCUGAGACAGUGAUCAAUGGGCAGGGCAUGCCCUACUUGGAGGGAAGCGGACAUGGAAAAGAGAUAGAACCUGUAACACUACUUUACGGUUCUUCCUCCUCCACUCAGGAAGGUCUGGGCAACUCAGAGCUACCAUCCAGCAGUUAUGCCAGCCACAAUGGUGGCAUCUUUCGCUCACAGUCUUUUGGAGCGAUGCCCAAUAAUGAACAGAAGCUCAUGCCCAAAGCUCCAGCACGUACCACAAGCAGCAGAGAAGCUGUGCAGCGGGGGCUUAAUGUCUGGCAGCAGUUUGGUGUUCCAGAGGAACCGGUUGUAGAUGGGGUACACUUCAGCCCUGCACUCCAAAGUCACAGCCUGCCUGAGUUCCCUAAAGCUCCUUCUCAGAAUGAGAUUGAACAAUCCAUUGAGGCUCUCAAUCUGCUCAUGCUGGAUUUGGAUCCAGCUCAUAUGCAAGUUCCCAAGUCCUACAGCGCCCCUUCUGGUGAAGUCACUGUCAUCACAACCCAGCCAUCCUUCUCUCAGACACAGGCUCGACCUUCCUAUCAGGCUGAUACUGCCAUACAUUCAGUGACUGAAUACAUGCAGCCCCAGCAACAUACUUCACCUGUUCAAAAGGCUCCAUCUACAUUGCAGUCGCAACUUACAGAACCCUCUUUUCAAAGUCCAAGGUCAGCAGUUCCAUGCUAUCCUUCAGUUCCAGAUCCUGCUGGUCUGAUCCACUCUUCUGGGCCCUCCCCUACAGUUAGCAGUCUCGAGCUGAAACCCCUUAACACUUAUCCCCCCAGCACAGCCACUCAGUUUCCUUAUCCUACAGAGACUAGCUCACACAGUGCCCCCUCCAGGAGCUACUCAAAUUCCUCCCCGCUGCCCGGAGAGGAUGAACUUGAGCACACAAACCACAACCUUGAAGGGCUAGUGGCUCACCGUGUGGCAGAGUACACUGCUCGUUUCCACAACCUCAAAGACCGAACAGCCACUUCUGAACCUGACAACCGCCGCCGCUCUCUCUCCUUCUCUGGGGUAAAAUCUCAUGAGGCAUCAAUGGAUGAAGGCUCAGGACCAGGUCGACACCGGACUAGCAGUGAGGGACAGUCCUGCGAUGACAGCCCUACUCGAGUCCGCUCCCCCAUUCGCUGCAUUUCACCAGAACUGGCUAAUACCAUUGCUUUAAACCCGGGGGGCCGGCCAAAGGAGGGACAAAUGCACAGUUACAGGGAAGCAUUUGAAGAGAUGGAUGGGAGUCCAGUGAGCCCUCCAGCAUCUGUGGGCGGUGAGGUCCUCCCCCAAACCCCUGCAUUCCCUGUCUCGCCACAAACCCCUUACUUCAACCUGUGCCGUUCUCCUCCAGGUCUGGCUAAAACACCACUGUCCUUCCUGGGUCUGAAGCCACACAACCCAGCUGACAUCCAUCUCAACCAGACAGGUUCAGAGAGUGAGGAAGAGGAAGAGCCCCGGAGCUAUGUGGCGUCUGUUGCUCGUUCAGCAGCAGUGGCUGGAGGGCAGCCAUCCAGUCCUGUGUCUCCUACUUUUGAGAGUGGCAGUUUGGCCAGGGGAGCUUCUCUUCCCUUUAACCCCCCACUGUCCUCCAGCAGCCCUGUGCAAAGACCAGAGCGAGAGCAUGUCAUGGUGGAUAGCAGAGUGGGCCUAAGUACACCAUCUGAUGGGGUGGGAGACUCUGGUUUCCGCUCUUUGCCAUCCCAGAGCACUUCACACACACCAACUCCAUCCUAUCCUUCCUUCCAAACACCUGGCAGCAUUUCAGGCAACUUUAUCACUCCUGAUAUUAAUUCCUCCCCUCAAGAGCAUGUUCAGAUGAGCACCAUUGGUAGCCAACCAAUGCCUGUCAGCCCUGGCAUACAUCACCACACCAUAUCCACUGACACAUCAUCCAUUCCUGUCCACCAGCAAAGACUGGCCAAUCAUGAUGGUCCCAUUCUCAGCCACCAGCCUUCUCCAGCUAAUGGUUAUCAGCCUGGAGCAGCUGGCAGCCCAGUGACUUCAAGGCAUGGCAUGGUUUCACAGGCGACACAAAGUAGCCCAAUGCUGAGUAGACAGAUGCCUAUUAGUCAGGGCACACAGAGCAGCCCCAUCCUGAGCAGACAAGGUUUCCAAAGUGGGUACCAGCCAUCUCUUGCUCAGCCCAUGAUUCAGCCCAACCAAAGCAGUCCAGUGCCGACCAGACAGAUGCCUGUAAGCCAGGGCACACAGAGCAGCCCCACUUUGAGCAGACAAGGUCUUCAAAGCCCCUCAAUUGGGUAUCCGCCAUCCCUCACCCAGUCUACCAUCCAGCCCAGUCAGAUCAGUCCAGUGUUAAGCAGGCAGACAUCACUCACCCACCCUGGCCAGAGCAGCCCGAUCCUGGGACGCCACCCCUCUGUCACUCAGAUGUCCCAUGGAAGCCCCAGCCUGGACAGACACCCAAUGCACAGUGGGUACACCACACCAGACGAGAGACAUGGUGCCCUUUCACGCCAGAGCAGCUCAUCAGGCUACCAUCCACCCUCCACUCCAUCCUUCCCUGUCUCACCUGCUUCCUACUCUGAUAGCUUCAGGCAGCCGCAGCUGCCUGAGAAAAGGCGCAUGUCGAGUGGCGAACGUCCAAAUGGUGUACCCUCCUACAGCACCGUCAAUGGAAAGGUGUCAUCACCCAUGUCCAGUGGAGGGAGCACUCCAAGUGUGCACUUCUUCCAUACACUUCCAGAUUUCUCCAAACUCAGCAUGCUUGAUGGAAGCCCAGAGACCAGGAUGAAUGUAAAGUUUGUCCAAGAUACUUCCAAGUUUUGGUAUAAACCAGACAUCUCCAGAGAGCAAGCUAUUAAUAUCCUGAAGGAGAGAGAGCCAGGAGCCUUCAUCAUCCGAGACAGCCACUCCUUCAGGGGUGCCUAUGGUCUGGCCAUGAAAGUGGCCUCCCCACCUCCUACAGUGCAGCCACCUAAAAAAGGUGACAUCACCAAUGAGCUGGUUCGACACUUCUUGAUUGAGACGAGUCCAAAGGGUGUGAAGCUGAAGGGAUGUCCUAAUGAGCCCUACUUUGGCUGCCUAUCUGCAUUAGUGUACCAGCACUCCAUCACUCCACUGGCUCUGCCCUGCAAACUGGUCAUACCCACAAAAGACCCCAAUGAGGAGACAACAGAAGUUACCACUCCAGUAAACCCAGCUACAGAAUUGCUCAAACAGGGUGCAGGGCAGAAGAGUCCUGUUGAUUCUCAUGCAUGCAACGUAUUGUACAUAAACUCGGUAGAUAUGGAGUCUUUGACCGGCCCACAGGCCAUCGCCAAGGCAAUCUCAGAGACCGUGACAUCAAAUCCUGCACCCACUGCCACUGUGGUCCACUUUAAGGUGUCAUCACAGGGCAUCACCUUAACAGACAACCAGAGAAAACUUUUCUUCCGCCGUCACUACCCAAUCAACACAGUCACGUUCUGUGACCUUGAUCCCCAAGAGAGGAAGUGGAAUAAACCAGAAGGUGGCACUGCAAAGUUUUUUGGCUUUGUGGCCAGGAAGCAGGGAAGCACUACAGAUAACGUCAGCCACCUAUUUGCCGAGUUGGACCCCGACCAACCGGCCACGGCUAUCGUCAAUUUUGUCUCUAAAGUGAUGAUUGGCUCCCAAAAGCGAUGAGCUACUCUAGGAUAUUCUGCUUCCCCCCUGGAGGACUGAUUUCCCAUGAAUUUUCAUUCUGAUGUAUUCAAAUCUUUAAUUUUGUGUGUGAUGUAAUGAUUGGGCGAAUAUUGGAGUGUAGGUCCAGGCAUCAGUGUGAGCUUGCAUGUGUGUGUGUGCGUGUGUAUCAGAAGGUGUGUUCAGAUGGAAUAGGGAGUUGAGCUCAGAUAGGGACAGAGGAAGUGCAGUGAAGAGGAGCAGUUAUGUGGUGAGGAAAAGGAGAGGGGUGAAAUUCAUCUCUGUGCAGGGUUAACUUUAGAUUAGAAGGAUGGAUGUCAUAGAGUUGCUUUUUUUAAGAAAAAUGGUAAAAAGGAAAAAAAAGGUUGAUGAGACUGAUAUCAGGCUUUUGAAUUAACAUACCAAAGAUGAGACAGCUGUCAAGAUAAACAUGUAAUUAUUUGGAGGUGUUUUUGUUUGUAAAAUAAGACUGCUUGUUCAGAGGACAUCACGUUCCUGUCUAUACAUAAAUAUCGAUAUUCUUUUGCUUUCUGUGAAAAUGACAUCUGUAUUCUCUUGUUAGAAAUCCAAAGUAUUGUGCAUGUUAUCACUUAUGUCCAGGCAUCACUGGCUCACACAGAGCAUGUUGGAUUAGGAACAGCUUUACAUAUACGAGGAAGAACAAACAGUUCACUAGCAAAAAAAAUGUGGGCCAGAUUCCACUUUUCACUCAUCCUUUUUUUCUGAUAUCGGUCUCUCUUAAAGGUUUCUAUUUUUCAGUCUUCAGCAGUGUAGAAUAAUUUUCAAGAUUAUAAUAUCAGUCUAGUCACUUUGGUCUAUAGAUGUUGUGCUCACCAGUGUCCUCUCUCUAUCUCUUGCUCUCUCUUGCUGUCCGUCUCUCUCUGUCUGCACACUCUUCCCUUGUCAUCUGGUCACACUCAUUGACUCUUCCUAACGUAAGAGCUGGUUCAUUUUCCACUGCUACACUGACCUCAAGCCAGGUCCAAGCAGUCAGUGCAGUGUACCUGGUGCAGAUUUGGAUUUAUUAGUUUAUAAAGUAUCCAUAGGCCUUACUCAAAACACACACACACACACACACACACACACACACACACACACACACACACACACUUACAUAGACACACCCCAAAGUAAGCUAAAUGUAUCUAAAAUAAAAAAAAGGUAUGUCUAAAAGAAUAUUUAUUAUUUUGCUACAUUGAUCUAUGUUAACUCAUAUACUUGCAUAUACUGUAUAGUCUACAUAAAGAUUACAUAAAAAGAAAAGAAGAAAAACAAACAAAAAAACUAUUUUGGCUAAGAUUUCAAAAUCAGGCGGUUUAGAGACGUAUUUAGUUAUGUAUGAUGUAAAGUGUAUGUAUUUGAAAACUUUCAUUGUCAUUGUGGGUUUUUUAAAAAUAUUUUUUUCACUGCUUUGAUUUAUUUUAGGCUUUUAUUUAGGAGUUGACACUGUUUGUGUAGAGGGGAGAAGGAUGUACACGUUUUGCUAAAAGCUGAGAUCAUAUGCUUUUAACCAUGCUUCACAUAUAAAUUGGAUUGUACACAAAGUGCAAGUGUUUUCCAGCAUAUAUAGAGUUCACUUGCUCUGCUAGCACAUCUUCUCAUUAAAAUUUAUUUUUUCCCCCUAUCCUUCGCACUAUCCAAUAAAGAAACGAGCAAAAAUUUUCUCCCUUAUCCACAGUGCCGUCAUGAGGCAUAGUUAGGUGUUGCAUCUUUUCUCAUUUCCUCACAUUUCAGAGCCUCCUAAUUAUUUCGGCAAUUACUGCAGUGUUUUAACUGUAAUUUAAAAACAACAACAACAACAACAACAACAACUUAAGUCAAACGGGUGUUUUCAUGUUUUUUAUGCCAACCUUCCCAUGAAUAUCCCACCAUUUCCAUUAUCACAGAGGUGUUUAAAGAAAAAAGAAAAUCUGUUUCGUGAGUGUGUAAAUAUUUUAUUUUGCCAAAGAUUUUAUCUCAGUUUUUAUUUUAUUUUAUUUUUUUUAUUUUUAUUUUUUUUACGCCUUUUGUGUUUGAGUAUUGAUCAAUGUCCAGCUGACUGAUGUGCCGAAGUGUGGCUCAUUGUUUUUCAUGAGGAAUAGCUUCCACUCAGUACAGGGACUGGCUUUAGUAUGAAAAUGCAUUUGGCUGCUCAGGCCAUAUUCCUUCAGCCUUAAGAACUACUCCAGUAAUAAUGCAGAGCACUUAACAUUCACAAGCUGGCAAAAGAACAACAACUAUUAAAGGUGUUGUAGAGAUCUUUGAAUGUCUUCCUUCAGCAUUCAAACAGUAUGAAUAGUAAAGUUCACAUUAUAAAUCAUAUGCUUGUAUGCAUUGCUUAUUACACAUUCACUUGACCAGUAGGCUUAGAACUGUUCACUUUCUAUUUAUUGUGUAGCUGACAAUAUGUUUCAAGAUUUUGAUCAUAAUGCCUUUUAAAAAAAAGAUCUCCCUCUCCCAUAUUUCUGUGUUGAAGUCAACAGUGUUGCUUCUCACCAUGUGCCCAGUUAUUAUAGCUCUUGGCCUAGAAUGUGUGAAUGUGCUACUAUUGCUGUACAUAACUAUGUGUUACUUGCAUUAUAUUGUAUGGCUUAAUUGUUUUUGCAAGACAAAAAAUACAUAUUAAAAUGCAACCCAGCUCAGAUACAUUAAAGUACACUGUUACUUGGAA